GAGUGCUCUGUCCCUGCCUGAUAAAGGUGAAGACACGGGAUCAGAGAACAGUCGGAAGGAGAGUGUGUUUCCUGUCUGUCAGCUCGAAAACAGUUUUGGAGAUGUCCCGCCAGAGAGACGAGGCUGUGUUGAAGAACAAACCUGACAACACCGCCUUCACGCAGCAACGAUUGCCGGCCUGGCAGCCCUUCCUAUCGGCUGGCUAUGUCCUCCCCACAUUCUUCCUGCUGGGCUUGGUAUUCAUUGCAAUCGGCCUCGGGCUCUACUUCACCUCCAACAAUGUCAUCGAGAUUGAGCUUGAAUAUACAGGCAGAAGCCCAAAUAGUUCAUGCCACCAUUGUACCAAGAAUGAUACCAAGGAUUGCAAGUGCAACAUUGAAUUCAAGGUGGACAAGAUUUUGCCGGGUCCUGUUUUCAUGUAUUAUGAAUUGGUGAACUUCUAUCAGAAUAAUCGGAAAUAUGGAGUCUCCCGAGAUGAUGAUCAGCUGAAUGGGGAUUUGGAAUAUUUAAAGGAACCUUCUGAAUACUGUUUUCCAUUUCGUCGGGAUGGACAGAACAGGCCGAUUGCUCCAUGUGGAGCCAUCGCCAACAGCAUGUUUAAUGAUUCCUUUGUGCUGUAUAAGGUAAACAACAGUGAGAUCUCCAAGGUGCCUCUGAACAGCAAAGGAAUUUCUUGGUGGACUGACUACAAUGUCAAAUUCAAUAACCCCAAGUUAGACAACGGAACUGAUCUAAAGCAGGCAUUUGAAGGAACUGUAAAACCUAACAACUGGCCCAGGCCGGCCUAUGAGCUGGACACAAACCCAGAAAACAAUGGCUUCAUCAAUGAAGACUUUAUUGUUUGGAUGAGGACAGCAGCCUUACCAACAUUUCGCAAACUCUAUCGUCGUAUUGAUGGUGGGCUGCAGCCAGGAAAGUAUUUGGUGGAGAUAAGUUACAAUUAUCCAGUUUUAAGUUUCAACGGACAGAAACGAGUGACUUUCAGCACCAUAUCCUGGAUGGGUGGUAGGAACCCAUUCCUGGGGAUCGCCUAUCUUGUGUGUGGCAGUGUGUCUAUUGUCACAGGAAUAAUAAUGUUCAUAGUCUACAUUAAAUAUCAAGGACAGAACAUUCGCAAAGUGGAAUAAUCACAAAAUGCAAUACCUCUGAAACUUACUGGGAAUUGUUUCAGAAGCUGUGGGUGUUUACUAUAAAUUAACUUGACACUUAUUAUAUUAAUCUUGAGUAAAGUACAGAAAUUUAGCUUUUUGAUUUUUUUACAUAUUGUAUUGUGCUUUCUCUCUAUAGCACAGAUGAUUUAUACACUUUUUUCUUUCAACUUGUUUUAAUUUUACAGAUUUAUUUCCACCGUGAAAAAUUACAAUGUUGAAAGUGGGGAUGAUUUAGUGUUGAGUUAAUAAAUUUUUUUUUAAAACUUGUGGUCACUUGGGUACCAAUGGUUCCAGCCGUGAGAUUUAUUGUGUGAAACUACUCAACAUAUUCAAUCAAGUUGAUAUGUUUUAUUGAGUUAUUACAUAAAACUCCAUUUUAUAGUUUUUCUAAUCUCAAUAGAUCAAUUCAAUAGAUUUUUUAAAAAAUAGCUUAUCAUAUAAUUGUCAAUUUAAUGU